UUAAUUUGAAUUUGUUUGAAGUGUCUUGUGUUUUAUAUAUACUGACGCAUGUGGACCUGAUUGUGAUAGGAUUGGUUGAGACAUGAUGAUCACGUGAAAAUCACGAGGUUGUUCGUCUUGUAGCACAGGCGCAAAUAUUAUUGGGUCUUGCAUUGGUACUUGAGUUUUCAAACUGUCUUUUUUUUGCCUCAGUAUUUUGAUGAUAUGUAUAUAUAUAUUUUUUGGUGGGGAUUUUAAAACAAGAUCAAGAGGGGUUCUUACAGAAUUAUUAUCGUGAGCUUUCAAGUGUCAAGAAGAAAUACUCAGACGGCUUUACGACAACGAGAAAGCCGGAUCGCGAAAUAAUUAAAAUAUACCGGCAUAUUUUAAUUUAUUUAACAAUAUAUAUAUUAAUUAAUUAAUUGAUGAGUUUUAAUUUUAUAAUUAAAGUGUUUUUUUACAUUAACAAGAUAACAGUAUGCUGUUAUUUAAUAAAUUUGUGAAACUAGUCAAGUGUUGAGUCAAUUUGACGUGAAUUAUUAUUUCACAAAAAAAAAAAAAAAAAACAGUGUUUAAGAUUUUUUUAUUUAGUGUAAUUGUUGUGAUUAUUAUUGUUUAACAACGUGUGAUCUCUUGGAGAUUUAAAAAAGAAUUUAAAUGUGCUCUAUAGCAAUGCCAGCAGAAUUAUUACUGGGACAUAGUCCCACUUCUGUGUAUGGUCAUCAUUUACUCUAUAGUCCUCUUGUACAACAAGUUACACCAAUAUCCGGACGUUCUGUACCACCAAGAAUACGACCAUGUUUAUCAACUGGUUCCAUCAAUAUUCCAAAUGGCAUCAGAGAAAGUAAUGACAGAAAUAACAACAGUAAACAAAAAAAACGUGUUGUUUUUGCUGAUGAUCGUGGAAGACCAUUAACACAGGUACGAGUAAUGUCAGAACCAAGUAAUAUGCCACCAUUAUGGAAAAGUGCACAAUUACUUAGUGUAACAAAAGAUUUACAUGCAGAAGCAAUAUCAACUCCUUGGGAAGCGUUAUUUCAACAACCAGCAAGUGAUUAUCUUGCAUUUCGUCGAAAACUUGAUAUUGAUGCUGUUAGUUUAGAAAAUGUUAUAAUACGUGAAUUUGAACAAAAUAUUAUUGGUACUGUUAAAGUUAAAAAUCUUGCAUAUGAUAAACAAGUUAUUGUACGUACAAGUAGUGAUGAUUGGAAUACUCAUGAAGAUGUAUAUUGUACAUUUGUUGAACAACCUGGUAAUGGACCACUUGUUGCACUUGUAUUAUAUGAUACAUUUAAAUUUAAAAUAACAUUACCAAUUAAAUCAGAUAAAAUUGAAUUUUGUGUUAAAUAUAAAAUUGGUAAUGAAGAAUAUUGGGAUAAUAAUGAAUCUAAAAAUUAUGUAUUAAAAAAACGAAAAAUAACACCAACAAAACCAGAUCCAAUAUCUAUGAAUAUUAUGGGUGCAAAUGGACUUAUUAAUGGACAACGUAAUAAUAACAGUGUAAUGCGUACAUUGGAAGCAACACAUGCUAAUUUACUUACAUGGAGUGAAUUUGCAUCUUGGCAACAUCUCAAUAAUGAUACACCAUAUUGGUGAAAAUAUUUAAACAUUAAACAAUAACAAAAAAAAAAAAAACCAUAAUAAUUAUUAAGAUCAAUAUAUAAAACAAAUAAAUAACAAGAGAAAAAUUAAUAUAUAUUUAUUAAAUAAAUAUAUAUGUGUGUGCGUGUGUAUAAAUGAGACAAUAGAAAAGGACAAAAUUGUCCAAGAAGAAAUUAUUUCGAAAGUUAUACGUUCCAGUUACUAUUUAUAAAGUGAUAUUUUAAUAUCAUCAAGUUCAUCUGCUUCCAGACAACAUAAACAAUGAUUCUUUCGAUUGGAGAUUGGUGACCCUUAUGUCUCAACUAGUAAUCAUUAUCAUCAUCAACUCCAAAAAUUAAUAGAAAAAAAAAAAAUAAAUAAGA